UUAUGAAUUGAAAGGCCCGAAUGAUCAACUCUACAAUCCGUUGGUAGAAUCAAUAGGUCUUCAAACCAUUCAUUUGAAAAAAUGGAAAGCCUUCUUAUUGGAUGAUCAUGAUACUUUCCAAAAAUCGAAAUUCUUGAUCAAUGGAGGAACAAUAUCACCAUUUUUGUUCAAUAAGAUACCAAAGUGGAUGAUUGACUCAUUCCAUACUAGAAAUAAUCGCGGGAAAUCCUUUGAUAACACGGAUUCCUAUAGCUUGGAGCUAUUAGUGAGUGGGCUAAGGGAUUACAAAUUUCACCAAGGUUGUAAGCAUCUAGGCUUGACACAUCUUGUUUUUGCUGAUGAUCUUAUGCUCUUCUCUCAUGGGGAUAAGAAGUCCUUCUCUCUUCUUAUUAGAGCUCUUAAGACUUUUGAAAAAGUCUUUGGGUUGGUUGCAAACUCUGAUAAGACUGAUGUUUAUUUUGGAAGUAUGGAUAAUGCCAUGAAGGAGGAGAUUCUGAGGGACUCUGGUUUUUUAGAAGGUGAUUUUCCUUUCAGAUAUCUCGGUAUUCCUCUAAAUGCCAAGUAUAUGAGAAGUUUGGAUUUUGAUAGCAUUAUUGACAAAAUGAUGGCCAGGAUCACCUGUUGGCAAUGUAUCCUUCUACGUAAGGAGGUUAUUCACAAAAUCACCCAGCUGUGUAGGUCUUUUCUAUGGAAUGGGUCUGUUAACCAUGGUGGGGCUCCUCAUAUUUCAUGGGAUUGGGUUUGUAAGCCAAAAAAGUUUGGGGGGCUUGGUGUGAGAGAUUGUGGUAGAUGGAAUAAGGCUGCUUUGGGGAAAUAUGUCUGGAAAAUUGCAAAGAAGGAGGAUUCCCUUUGGGUAAAAUGGGUUCACAGUAUUUAUUUGAAGGAUCAUGAUUGGUGGUUCUACAACCCUAAGAAGUGUGAUAGAUGGUGUUGGAGGAAGCUUUGUACUGUGAAGAAUGAGCUUCAGCAAGGUUUUGAGAUUGGAAACUGGAUGAGCAAAAAGUAUAGUAUCUCUGAGUGCUGUUCUUGGUUACAGGGGUUGCAAGCUAAGGUCACUUGGGGUCCUGCAGCAGGUUUUGCUCUAAUGCAGGUUUUGAUGCGGUCUCUGUUAUGGGUUCUUGAUUUGGUUCUGGUUGCAGUCUCAAGUGCAGUUCCUGUGCUGGUUUUGGUAGCUGUAGUUUUUGGGUUGCUGGCUAUGCUUGGCCUGCUUACCUGGCUGCUAUUGUUCUGUCUUGGUGUGCUGGGUGCUGCUGUCUUUUGCUUUGUUUUACAUGGUGUGAUUUUGAGCUGUCUUGUACCCUUCCUAGAAGGUGGCCGGUUUAUAGUUUGGGAUUGUUUCGGUGUUAGUUUGCCUACAAGGCUUGUGUAG